AUGUUCUACUCUCACACCUUCCUCGCGAAGAAGAGCCCCCUGGGCACGGUAUGGAUAGCCGCCCACCUACAGAACAAGCUCCGCAAGUCCCAUGUCGCGGUCACAGAUAUCUCCUCCACCGUCGGUACGGUUUUUCUCCCGUCGACGUUACUGCGGCCGCCGAAUCCCCUCUCCAUUUUCACUUUUUUCCGGGCUCUAGGCCAAAUAUAAUUGCGGGGUUGUUAUUCGUUGGAAUCCGUUCCUUUUUCUCUGUUCUCGUCGCAAUCUAUUGGAAGCGAUGACUGGUAGGAAUGAAAAAAUAAUUUUUUUUUUCCGAUAUAUGUUGGGUCUUGUUUAUCUAGAAAUUGACGGCUAGAACUACUUAACAUUCUCUGUGCUAUUUUCCUUUUUUCCGAUGUGUUGUGUGAGCCAUUCACCAUGGAUCAUUCAUCACGGUUUUCAUAAUGUGCUCGGUAACAUCGUCAAGGGUAGAGAAGCCAGUUUUUUUUCUUUUAAUUUCAUUGCAUCCAAUCCAUUUUCAACUUUGCAAUUCUUCUGUAUCACGAUGUUCUGUCUCAGAGAGCUGUGAUUGUAUGAUACCUGCCAUACAUUAGCCCACCUACAUCCCUUCUGCAGCCGAACGAGCGCACAAAUUUAGCUGAUUUAUCUCUGUUCUCCUAGAUUGUAUUAUAUUCCCGGAGGUGCCAAUUGCCCUGAGGUUGUCCGGGCAUCUACUGCUCGGCAUCGUUCGGAUAUAUUCCAAGAAGGUCGACUAUCUUUUCCAUGAUUGCAAUGACGUUCUGUCCCAGAUGAGGACGAUGUUCGCAUCAGUGCAUGUGAAUCUGCCAGCAGAUGCAGAUCGCGCAACAUUUCAGGCCGUCACCCUUCCAGACACUUUUGAACUUGAUGCUCUGGAGUUGGACUUAAUCUAUGAGGAUGAGUAAGUCCACAUUUUAUAAUUCGAUCAAUUUGGGCUGGUCUAUCGUUCUAGUUUCAUUUCCAAUAUCUUUUUACCGCCUUGUGAUUUAUUUAUACAAAACUGAGUUUCGUAUUUCCCUUCCAUGCCUGAUGUCACUAUGGUACAGGGCUCCUGAUAAUCAUCUGAGGACUCUUGAGCAGAUCACUUUACCAGGUCCUCUUUCUCUCUCUUCUCCCUCCCCUCCCCUCCCGGCCUUCAAUCUUCUCAACGAUGCGUGUGGUUAUGCCUUGCUUACAGUGAUGUUUUGUAUGCUUCUGUGGAUAUGUAGACCAGAUCCCAGUUGAAGGAGACCCAUAUGUAGCUUUCAUUAUUAGUGAGGUAAGAAAUAUAUUUAUCGAAAAAAUUAUUACUUCCCAUAUAGAUUUUCUUACAGUUUUUCUCCUAUUCCAGGAGAGAUUUGAUUCAUCUCCUCAGCCAGAGUCACGAAGCAUAUCUGGGGAGCCAACGGAUGAAAAGUAUGUGUACAUACAAUGCUUAUAUGCCCGAAAGAUUCUUACUCCAGAAAUGAUUUCAUAAUUUCAGUUUAAUUUAUUUUAUCUCUUUUCUAGUAUUCAUGGCUCGUAUCAAGAUAGUGGCCACCACGUCGAUUCUGUUCUGAACCAUGGAGCUUCUGUGGAAACUCACCCUCAAAGUGCUGACAUAGACCAUUCAGUUUACACUAUCUCCCCAGUUGAGGUUGCCCGCAAUGCUGCGCGCAGCAGCUCCGGUCUGGACUUCGGCCAUGAGAGUGAUGACCUCGAGAAUGCCAUCCUUGAGCCCCAUGGGAGUGCAGACAUGUUGAAGGAUAUAGGGGGCAGUGCUUCUCCGGCUGCUGGGCCUUUACCAGUUUCCGGAGAAGAGUCUCUGCCCUUCCUGGUGCGGGAGGAUUCUCAAGCUCUUCCAUCUCUAGAUGCAUCUGCAGGGCCGAAUACAGGUUGUUCUUACCUUCUUCAGAAACAGCUUCUUAAUCCCCUGACUGAAUAUCUUCAGUUUUUGUUUGCUUGUUCUACUUAAGAAUUUUGUGCUAAUGUAUAUAUAUAUAUAUAUAUAUAUAUAUAUAUCUAUAUAUACAUAUAUAAACUGAUUGCGCCCAAAAUCAUAGUUUCCUGACAUUUUUCCGUGAGUCUAUCUCUGUCAGAUGAUCUUUCAUGUGUUAUUGGAGUGA